GGCAACGAAACCCGGUCGGCCGCCAUCUUGGCGCCUGGAUGUGUAGGCCUCACAGCGAGAAAGGAGCGCGUUGGUUGCGAUGUUGGUGCCGGUCUUCACGCUGAAGCUGAGCCACAAAAUCCUUCCCCGGAUGGUGGCCCUGGGCAAGUACGACGGGGUCCACCCCUGCCUCACGGCGGCCACCCAGGCCGGAAAGGUUUUCAUUCACAAUCCUCAUGCACGUAGCCAGCGUGUCAAUGCAAACCGUUUGGUGCUGAGCACCCAGGAUGCGGAUAUCUCUCUCCUGAACAUCAAUGAGGCUGUCAGUUGUUUGACUGCAGGGGUGCUGAACCCUGACCUUGGCUGUGACUCCCUUCUUGUUGGCACCAGAACCAGUUUAUUAGCGUAUGACGUGCACAACAAUGCAGACUUGUUUUAUGCAGGGGUUCCAGAUGGAGCAAACACAAUUGUGCUUGGGACGUUAGGAGACAUGCCUUCCCCGCUUGCUAUUAUUGGUGGAAACUGCUCCUUGCAGGGCUUUAAUCAUGAAGGGAAAGACCUUUUUUGGACGGUCACUGGUGACAACGUUCGUUCGUUGGCGUUGUGUGACUUUGAUGCAGAUGGGAAAAAAGAGCUGCUUGUUGGUUCUGAAGAUUUUGACAUCAGAGUUUUUAAAGAAGAUGAGAUUGUGGCAGAAAUGUCAGAAACCGAGACAGUCACAUCCCUAACCUCGAUGUGCAGCAGCCACUUUGGCUAUGCCCUUUCUAAUGGAACCGUCGGCAUUUACAACCGGACGUCCCGCUAUUGGAGAAUCAAAUCUAAAAAUCAAGCCAUGAGCAUCCAUGCGUUUGAUAUCAACUCUGAUGGAGUGUGCGAACUUAUCACUGGCUGGUCCAGUGGGAAGAUUGAUGCACGCAGUGAUCGUACUGGAGAGGUCAUCUUCAAGGAUAACUUUGCUUCCUCGGUUGCGGGAAUAGUAGAAGGGGAUUAUCGCAUGGAUGGCAACACCCAGUUAAUCUGCUGCUCAGUUGAUGGCGAGGUGCGAGGAUACCUUCCGGGAAGCCAAGAGUCGAAGGGGAAACUGUUGGACACAAGUGUGGACCAGGACCUAAUUCGGGAGCUGAGCCAAAAGAAGCAGAACCUGCUGCUUGAGUUGCGGAACUAUGAAGAAAAUGCAAAGCAAGUGGAACUGAACACUCAAGUGAAUGAGGCGGACGGGCAAAAGGGAGUGAUCCCAGCCAAUACCCAGCUCCAGACAGCGCUCUCGGUCAACCUGGGAUCCGAUAGUGAAUCUGCUCACGUCGAGUUACGCAUUUCCACAUCCAAUGACACCAUCAUCAGAGCCGUGCUCAUCUUUGCCGAGGGGAUCUUUGAAGGUGAGAGCCACGUGAUCCACCCCAGUCUGCAGAACCUUUCGAGCUGCAUCAAGGUUCCCCUCACUCCCCCCAAGGACGUCCCCGUGGAGCUGAACAUCAAGGCCUUCGUCGGUUACAGGAACAGCACACAGUUCCACGUUUUUGAGCUCUCCAGGCAACUUCCUCGCUUCUCCAUGUACACUCUGAGUAGCCCUGAUUCUGCUCCUGGGCCUUUAAGCUUUGUACGGUUUACCCUCAAUGAGAGGGUGCAAAUGAUCGUCAUGUGGCUAAAGCAGAGUUUCCUGUUGCCAGAAGACUUGGAGAUCCAAAACGUGUCCUUUGAGGUCUGCUUCACGUCUUUGCGCGACGCAGGACAGCUGUGGAUCAAAAUGACGCCAGGCGGAGAGAUCUCUAUCAACACAGACAACGUUGACUUGGCUGGAGACAUUGUCCAGUCCAUGGCCUCCUUCUGGGCCAUUGAAGACUUGCAGGUUGAAGCCGACUUCCCGGCGUAUUUCGAGGAGAUGCGCAAGGCCCUUGUUGUGGUGGAUAAUUCUCAUGCCGUCUGCCAGAAGCUUACGGCCAACAUGGCAGACAGCUCCAACCUCAUCCGCAGCGUCCUGGUCCGGGCGGAGGAUUCGCGUCUCAUGGGCGACAUGAAAAAUAUGAAGAGACGAUACGUGGAGCUGUACGAUCUCAACCGGGAUUUGCUCUCCCAGUACAAGAUCCGCUGCUCCAAUCACACGGAGCUAUUGAACAACUUGAAGGCCAUCAACCAAGCCAUCCAGCGAGCGGGCCAGCUGCGGGUUGGUAAACCCAAGGCCCAAGUGAUCGCUGCUUGCCGGGAUGCUAUCAAGAACAACAGCGUGAAUAUGCUGAUCAAAAUAAUGCGAGUGGGGACGUUGUCUUCCUAAAAACCAAAGCAAAACAUAUCUGGACUCUCACUGCAAAAAAAAGACACCUAGUGGCAGGUAGGCUUUAAGCGCAAUGCUCUCAGAUCAGCUCCUAGUGACUGUGUGGUAAAAGCAGAAGCUCCUUGGAGUAGGAUAUAUGCCUGUGCUCUUCCAAAGGAAGGAUUACUGUGACGCACAACUAGCGGAGCCCAAAGUCAGUGGCACUUUGUGGGGAAAGAGAAGAAAGAUGGAUGUCUGUGAAUAUCAGCCGCAUGGAGGGAUGUCCUGGAUAUUCCUUGGAACGGCAACUGUGGAACCAAGGCCAAAGGCUGGAACUUCAACUAGAUGACCGAGCCAGGGAGAAGCUUUAUUUAUUACAUCAGUAAUAUUUUGUAGCACUUUUACAAUAAAAUAAACCAUACUUUUCUAUAA